AUGGCAUAUUUUGAUGAAGCUUCAACUUUGGAACUCAUUAGGCAACACCUCUUGACUGACUUUGCUUCCCUUGACAAUUUCAUCUCCAAUCUUGAUGAUCUCUGCACCACUUCCGGCACCAGUACUACUGAUGACUCCAUCAAGACUGAAUCAACAGAAGUUGAUCCCUUUGAUCAACCACAAUUCAAGCUGCAAAGUCAAUCUAGCGUCGAAUCCAAGCUUCAAUCCUCUCCAAAGUCUUCAAGUUCUCUAAGCCAGAGAAAACCAUCCAUGAUCAAGAACAUAGCAAUUCCUCCACCAGCAACCUUGAACAUGAACCCACAAGUAGUACAGCCAGUGGUGAACCAGACAGAUGUUUCUAGUGAACAAGAAAGGCAUUACAGGGGUGUUAGGCGUAGGCCAUGGGGCAAAUAUGCAGCUGAGAUCCGUGACCCUAACAAAAAAGGAGCUCGUGUAUGGCUUGGAACGUUUGAUACUGCCAUUGAAGCGGCAAAAGCCUAUGACAGUGCUGCUUUCAGGUUAAGAGGAAGUAAAGCAAUCUUGAACUUCCCUCUUGAAGCUGGCAAGUCUAAUUCUCAACAACCUGAACAAUUCGUGGAAACUUCUUGCCAGAAAAGAAAGAUCGAAGAAAUAGAGAGUAGUAUGGAAAGUACUAGAUCUAUCACCAAUAAGGUGGUGAAGAGGGAAAGUUCUUCGCCGGAAAGUGAGGUCAAAGCAGCGGCUUCGGAACCAUUAACGCCGUCAAGUUGGAAGGGGUUUUGGGAUGGUGAAGUAAUGGGGAUAUUUAGCGUGCCACCACUAUCACCGUUAUCUCCACAUCCUUCAUUUGGAUAUUCAAGGCUGAUGGUUGUCUGA